AGCUUCUUCCUUGCGCAUGUCCUUCAGAGGUUUAAUCCAUGGCCUCAGGAAGCAGUCAGAGACCUCCUACUGCACCCGCUGCACAAGCUCAAUGCCCAUCCGGCUACCCACGGACCAUUCGUUUGGGCCCAACAAUUUCUGGAUCACCUCUUGUUGCAAGAACCACAGCGCCAGAAGUUGCAGCCCCAGAUUCUUCGCAACUGGAAAGUGUUGCAGUCCCACAGCGCAGAUUGGUAGCUGCUGGACCCUGCAGGUCGACGAUUCCAGUGACCGUGUCCCGAGCACAGCCUUCUGCUCCAGCAGUUUGCCGGGCAGGUCAGACACCGGAAGGAACCAGUGUUGCCUCAAGAGCCCGUGUGACUGCGGAGGGAGCACAGACCGCCAGAGCCGUGCAGGCGACAACGCAAUCAACGCCCGUUUGGCGACGAGUGGCGCCUGCGUCGACUGCGCACCUCUCUGCACGCGGUCGGUCUGCGCGAGGGGCAACUGCGGCAUACCCAGGCCCUCAAGGCUUCCGGCCAUGGGCCUCCGCGAGUACUUUGCCGCAGGAAGCAGCUGAAGGAGGAUGGCAGAGCCUUUUACAGGCGGCUCGAGAACGCAGCCGCACCAACCGUGCCAGCGCCAGCUUGCAAGGCCAAGCUGCAGCGACACAAAACUCCACCAGCAGGGCAUCUUCCAUGAUGUCUGCUAGUGCUCUCAGGGCUUUGGAAGCCAUGGUGCAGGAUGUUGAUGAUUUUGGUUCUGAAGAAGGUGCGUGCUCUAUUUGUCUAGGUACAGAAGCCACCCAAGUAGCGGAACUUCGAUGUGGCAACAGGCAUCGCUUCCACAAGUCCUGCAUCACCACCUGGAUGGUGGCUAGCAUUGCAAUGAGCGACGGUAUGUUUAGGUGUCCACUGUGCCGAAAAGGCUUGAACAUGGGCCAGGGUCGCCGCGACGUGCUAGACUUGAGCUUGCAGGAGCUGACCGCUGUGGAGCGUUUGCUUGAGGAUGUACGGUUUGCCGUGCUGGAGCAGAGAAGCAUGAUUGAACAACGCACUUUGGACGAGAAUCUCGCCGCCUCAGCACCAGGAGGAAAUCCAUCCUGGACGCAGCUCAGGGCCGCACAAAUUCGUGCGUUGAUGUUGGAAGAUCGAGUUGCAGAGUUGCGGUCUGCAGUCUAUGAACUACAGUCACGCCUGAGCCUGCUUUGAGGCAAGCGCAGCUUGGAACUUGCCAAGAUCUCAUGCAAUGAGAACUGUUUGGCCAUGGCUUAGUCGUCAGAAGCAGGCAUUAAAUUGUUUUGGGCCACUUGUUGAUCAUCAGGUCAAGCCAAACUCAACUCAAACGCCACAAUCUAUCCGUAUGGCGUCCAUGCCAACCAAGUCACAUCAGCACAAAGUCAGAAGACACCAACCUUGUACGUGUUCUUUCUUGUCAAUUGGGUGUCAUCUCGUAAGCCCCGAAAUGCGUUGAGCGGAUGUUGAGCCUGCUGCAAGUCGGCUGAGCCUAGUUCCAAAUGAUGCAUUUGCCCAGACCAAUUGUCUCCAAAACAAGCUUGGUGGCAUGGUUGAACCCUGACUAUGCCCGCUGCCAGAUGCUUUGACCCUUAUAUAGCCACUUGGUCAGUGCCUAAUCCCAAUCGAUAUGUUGCAGAGCAGUGCAAGCGCAAUAAUAUUGAAUCGCCUGAGGAUCGAGUUAAGCUAGAAUUCUGGGGACUACUAGUACAAGAAUCUAUGUGAUCUUGAGCUGUGAGCUCCAGACUCUGAACGUGUAGUUUGAGUCCAUUUCAACGUCAUUCUUUUGAUAGCACCAUGUGUUCAAUUCGUUUCUGUGUUGUUGCGUGUCAGGUAAAACAUGUGAGCAACCAACGUGGAAUUGAACUGUUCAGUAAUUUGUAUGGUAGUGGGAGUGAUGGUGUAAGCAACCCCUUUGAAAAGAUGGAGGAUCACCCUUUUGGCCUUGGCAAUUUCGAUAGAUACCAUAUUGUACUGUCCACUAAGGACUGGCUUUGUUCCACGAUGUUGCAUGCAGGCUGUUGCCAGACCCUGACCCUGGUGUUUAGAGCCACAAGAUGGCUUGGUGCAAUUCUGCAUACCAUGUGGAAAGAGGGCACCAAACAAGAUGCCCGGCAAAGAUCUAGGCACCCCACGAUGUGAAUUGCAUUCUUGUCGCAUUGGCAAGAAGACUAGGAGUUGGUCGCAUGUCCGGAGAAAAGAAGAGCGGCAAGCGCUUCCUUGCGCGGGAAUUGUAUAAUGACACAGUGUUGACAUUGAGAGGAAAGCUGCAAAACAUUGCAAAACUCUUCUUUGAGAGAUGCAAGAUAAUACAACCUUCACAUUUCCC